AUGGACAUGAAGAAGGUUUCCCUCGUCGUCCUUGUCGCUGCCGUCUGCAUGACCGCCGUCAUGGGCGCCAGUAAACCACCACAGCCGAAGCCAACUGUAGAUGUUCCCCCCAAGGUCAAUGCCAAAGGUGACUCCCCUGCCCCUGCCCCGGCUCCUAAGCACUCCAAAGCUUCAGGCGAAGCCAGUCCUAGUUCCUCCCCUGCGGAUGAGCCUACCACCUCUAGCACCGACUCUCCUCCCACCACCACUACUACUACCGACGCUCCUACCAGCUCUGUCGGAGACGUUUUUAGCACCUAUACCACCUCUACCCCUCCACCGGCACAUGCAUCUGAACCUUCCUCCGCCAACACCGUAGUGGGAACCUUGGCCGGAGCUUCACUCGUGUCUCUCUUGGCCCUUGUCAUGCAGUAA